AUGAUGCGGGGAGAAGAGAGACCAGUUCUCAGAUACCAGGAACGAGUUCAAAUUGCAUUUUCGAAUAUAUUCCGGAAAUUCCUACGUGAUGAUCCUGCCUGGGUAGAAUCAGUCGAUGAAUUGUUACCGAAAAAUACAAUUUUCAGAAAGGUGGAUGAUACACGUGAUGUCGUUGAGAUUCCGUCAGUUGCAAGACUUGUGGAAUCACUUCCCAACGAGUUGAAUGCGACACCUCAGUUUUUAUUUAGGUUAUACAGAGAUCUUCCAUCACCGGGAGUCGCAUAUCUGUCCAAAGCCUCUCGAGGGACUCUUCUUCGUCGGUUCGGUGGCCCUGCUAAUAGGCGUCUGGUCGAUGCCCGCCGCUACCUAGCACUUGUGGAUGACAUGAUCAGUGCUGAUCUAGCCAUGUCUCGUUCAAUGUGGUCGACGGCUAUUUCCAUGGCUGGUCGAAGUAACAGCGGCAAGGUGUCGAAGUGGCGACUAAUUAGAGCAAUUGGUCUCUGGCAGCAGAUGGAACAUGUCGCUGGGAUCAAAGCAGACGAUGUGGUCUUCAACAUUUUGUUUGAUAUUGCCAUCAAAUCCAACAACUUCAUUGUUGCCGAUCGUUUGGAGGGAGAAAUGGAAAAGCGAGAUAUUCGAUUCUCGCGAGAAGGUCUCGUCUCAAAGAUCUAUUCUUAUGGGAUGAAAGGAGAUGUGGAAGGUAUCCGUGAAACCUUUGAUAUUUUCGUCAAAUCAGGAGAGCUUGUCGACACAGUCGUUUUGAAUUGUAUGCUGGCCUCGUCUCUACGAGCCGGUGACCGUGGAACCGCCGAGGAAAUCUAUGCAAAAAUGAUUGAUGCACAGCAAGCCGUACUAAGCAAUAAUCCUGAAAAGUCCAGAUUUCUUGACAACACUGCAGCCCUAUCCUCAGAUCUUGGUUUUUAUCGCAGAGAGACGAGAGAGAUCGGCCGUUUUUUGAAAUCGUCUAAAAAGCUGAAAAAGCGCCGCCCCGCAAUCCACCGCGCCCUUCAAAACUCAUUACCUAUGACUCCUGACACUAGGACCUUUUAUAUUCUUCUUCAACACUGUGCGCGGGUCAGUGGUAAUUUUACCAUGUUCAUGAAUGUCCUAAGAGACAUGGAAACUACAUUUGCUGUUCCUCCUCGCCACAUGAUUUACAUCCUUCUCUUUGAAGCGUUCGCUUUACAUGGGAGACAUAAGAAGCGCUUCUGGACCGCAGAAAGACUACGCUUAACCUGGAUGGCGUUCAUUCGAGCUCUCCGCGAGUCAAGUAUCAGAGUCAGAGAUGUUCAUAGCGAAACCCCAGCAGUUUGGGAAAACCCGUUCGGGCCCGUGGGAGUUGACAUCGAAGCUCCUGUCGAUGAUACAUCUAAUUCCACGCCUGGGAACGAUAAGGGGCUCUAUAUUUCUUUUUCAUCAACCUCAGAUUCUGGCGAGAAGGUGGAGGCUCGCGAGGAUGCUAUCGGGACUCCUGAAGCCCCUGUGGAUGGUAAAUCCAAUUUUACGCUUGGGAAGAACGAGGAGCUCUAUAUGUCUUUUCCACCAACUUCCAAUCCUGGCGAGAAGGUGAAGGCUUACGAGGAUGCCCUCGGGAUUCUUGUGAAUCACGAUUCUCAUCUUGAAAUGAACAGCCAAGCGACACUGGAAAAUGCGACAGAAAAAGUCAAACGACAAGUUGAAGAUCACGCCAACUUGGCCGAAGAGAAUGAGAUUGAAAUCGCUGAGAAAUUAUCAGCCAUUGAAGAAGAGGAAAUUAUUGAGCAAGCCUCGGUCAUCGAAAAUGAGAGCGAAAAUCAGACUUGGGGCUACGAAAACGAUCAAACCUCAGAGUAUGAUUGGGUCAUGGACACAUUACCUGCCUCUGAAGAAUCGCCCGCCGUCGAAGGUGCGCUCAACCAGCCUGAUAAUCAUUUCAAGCUUAACCAGUCUGAGAACCGUCUUCAGGAUGGUGUCUUCCUCGGACCUCGCAUGAUUACCAUGAUCCUGCGAGCCUUUGGUACUUGCUAUGGUCCUCAUGAGGUCAUGGAGGUUUGGCUGCAACUUGAAGAACUCUGGCCACCUAGUAAGCGCAAGGCGAAUGAUCUGCUUGGUAUCAAAGAAGUACUAGACGAACAGAUGGCACGGGGGCCACCUCCGUGGAGUGUAAAAUAUGGCGAAGACCACACACAGGGGUGA